GGACCUCAGUGUGGAAAACGAGUCAUCCAUCCAGCUGCGCUCCGAUAAGGACUGAAUGUUGGAAAACAUGGCCAUGGCAGACCACAAUGCUGAUAUUGACAAGUGUACAGCCCAGGGCAGGACCUCACCCAUUAAGUCGGUGCAGAAUGGCAGCCCCUCAAAAUGCCCUCGCUUCAUAAAGAUCAAGAACUGGGAGACGGGCACCGUCUACAAUGAUGUCCUCCACCACAGCUGCAGUUCGAAGGUGCCAUUCUGCAGUGAAAAUGUCUGCAUUGGCUCUGUGAUGUUCCCAAAUCAGUCCGUUCGCAAACCAGACGAGGUUCGUCCCAAAGAGGAGCUUCUUCCCUUGGCCGCAGACUUUAUCAACCAAUACUACACCUCCAUCAAAAGGUAUGGCUCCAAGGCUCAUGUGGACAGAUGGGAGGAGGUGACGAAAGAGAUUGAAGCUUCAGGAACCUAUCAACUAAAAGACACAGAGCUGAUUUAUGGUGCCAAACAAGCCUGGAGGAAUGCUGCCAGAUGUGUGGGACGGAUUCAGUGGUCCAAACUACAGGUUUUUGAUGCCAGAGACUGCACAACAGCCCAUGGAAUGUACAACUACAUCUGUAACCACAUCAAGUAUGCCACCAACAAAGGCAACCUUAGGUCAGCUAUCACCAUAUUUCCUCAGAAGACGGAUGGCAAACACGAUUUUCGAGUGUGGAACAAUCAGCUGAUUCGCUACGCAGGUUACAAACAGCCUGAUGGAAGUAUUCAAGGAGAUCCUGCUAAUGUUGAAUUCACAGAGAUCUGCAUGCAGCUUGGAUGGAAAGCACCAAAAGGUCGUUUUGACGUCCUUCCCCUUCUGCUGCAAGCCAAUGGAAAUGACCCUGAACUGUUUGAGAUCCCUGAAGACCUCAUUCUGGAGGUGCCCAUCAUACAUCCAAAGUUUGAGUGGUUCAAGGACCUGGAGCUGAAGUGGUACAGCCUCCCAGCGGUUGCGAACAUGCUGCUGGAGAUUGGCGGUCUUGAGUUCACCGGGUGCCCCUUCAGUGGCUGGUACAUGGGCACGGAGAUUGGCGUGAGGGACUUUUGUGACAGCUCACGCUACAACAUUCUGGAGGAUGUUGCCAACAAGAUGGGCUUGGACACCAGGAAGACAUCUUCCCUUUGGAAAGACCAGGCGCUUGUUGAAAUUAAUAUUGCUGUUCUCUACAGCUUUCAGACCUGCAAAGUGACCAUAGUGGACCAUCAUUCGGCCACAGAGUCCUUCAUAAAGCACAUGGAGAAUGAGUAUCGGGUGAGAGGAGGCUGCCCUGGAGACUGGGUGUGGAUUGUGCCUCCAAUGUCAGGAAGCAUUACGCCAGUGUUUCACCAGGAAAUGCUCAACUACCAUCUCACACCUUCCUUUGAGUAUCAGCCUGACCCUUGGAACACCCACGUGUGGAAAGGAGUCAACAGGACACCCAUAAAGAAAAGAGCCAUCGGAUUUAAGAACCUUGCCAAGGCUGUGAUAUUUUCGGCAAAGCUAAUGGGGAAAGCCAUGGCCAAGAGGGUUAAAGCCACCAUACUGUUUGCCACUGAAACGGGCAAAUCGCAAGACUAUGCCAAAACGCUCUGUGAAAUCUUCAAGCACGCCUUUGAUGCCAAGGUUAUUUCCAUGGAUGAGUACGAUGUGGUAGACUUGGAGCACGAAACGCUGGUUUUAGCUGUAACCAGUACAUUUGGCAACGGGGAUCCACCUGAAAAUGGAGAGAAAUUCGGAGCUGCCUUAAUGGAAAUGCGCCACCCAACCUCCAACACAGAGGACAGAAAGAGCUACAAGGUUCGAUUCAACAGCGUAUCUUCUUACUCCGACACUCGAAAAUCUAGUGAUGAACCAGAGGUCAAGGUCAACUUUAAGAGCACAGGACCUCUUGCUAAUGUCAGGUUCUCAGUGUUUGGCCUUGGCUCCCGGGCCUACCCACACUUCUGCGCCUUUGCCCACGCUGUGGACACGCUGUUUGAAGAGCUGGGGGGUGAGCGCAUCCUACGCAUGGGAGAAGGAGAUGAGCUGUGUGGCCAGGAGGAAUCAUUCAGAACAUGGGCCAAGAAAGUUUUUAAGGCUGCCUGCGACGUGUUCUGUGUCGGUGAUGAUGUGAACAUCGAGAAGGCCAACGACUCCUUGAUCAGCAAUGACCGGAGCUGGAAGAAGAGCAAGUUCCGCCUAACCUACACCGCCGAGGCCCCUGCACUCACAGAAGCAUUGUACAGUGUUCACAAGAAGAAAGUGUAUGGAGCAAAGAUGAUUGAAGCUCAAAACCUACAAAGUUCGAAAUCCAAUCGCUCCACCAUAUUAGUCCGGCUCGACACCAACAGCCACGACAGGCUGUGCUACAAGCCCGGCGACCAUCUGGGCAUCUUCCCUGGCAACCACGAGGACCUGGUAACGGCGCUCAUAGAUAAACUGGAGGAUGCUCCGCCUGUCAAUCAAAUCGUCAAAGUGGAGUUCCUGGAGGAGAGGAACACGGCGCUAGGUGUUAUAAGUAAUUGGACAAAUGAGACCCGUAUUCCUCCUUGCACGAUCUACCAAGCUUUUCAGUGCUUUCUGGAUAUUACCACUCCGCCAACCCCUGUGCUGCUGCAACAGUUUGCUGCUCUGGCAACCAAUGACAAACAGAAAAGGAAACUAGAAAUCCUCAGUAAGGGUCUGCAGGAGUACGAGGAAUGGAAGUGGUACAACAACCCUACGCUAGUGGAGGUGCUGGAGGAGUUCCCCUCCAUCCAGAUGCCCUCGACUCUGCUGCUCACUCAGCUUCCCCUGCUGCAACCUCGCUACUACUCCAUCAGCUCCUCUCCGGACCUGUAUCCAGGAGAGAUUCACCUCACGGUGGCCGUGGUCUCCUAUCGCACCAGAGGUGGGCAAGGACCUAUCCAUCAUGGAGUAUGUUCGUCGUGGCUCAACAGGAUAGAGAAAGGAGAGAUGGUACCGUGUUUUGUCCGAAGUGCACCAUCUUUCCAACUUCCCAAAGACAACCAAGCACCUUGCAUCCUUGUGGGCCCAGGAACGGGCAUUGCACCAUUCAGAAGCUUCUGGCAGCAAAGACUGUAUGACUUUGAGCAAAAUGGGAUUAAGUCAUGCCCCAUGAUCCUGGUGUUCGGUUGUCGACAGUCUGAGAUGGACCACAUCUACAAGGACGAGACUCUCCAGGCCAAGAACAGAGAAGUGUUCAAAGAGCUCUACGCAGCUUAUUCCAGAGAACCUGGCAAACCAAAGAAAUAUGUACAAGAUGUUCUGCGCGAGCACUUGUCAGAAACUGUGUACCAUUGCCUGAGAAAGGAAGGUGGACACAUCUAUGUGUGUGGGGACAUGACGAUGGCCGGAGAUGUUCUCAAGACCGUCCAGCAAAUCUUCAAGCAGCAGGGUCAAAUGAGUACAGAAGAUGCUGGUUUCUACAUCAACAAACUCCGGGAUGAGAACCGCUACCAUGAGGACAUCUUUGGUGUCACUCUGCGCACCUAUGAGGUCACCAAUCGGCUUCGCUCAGAGUCCAUCGCCUACAUUGAAGAGAACAAAAAGGACUCCGAUGAGGUUUUCUGCUCAUAGGUUGAUGAAAGGAGG